GCAUUUUCUCUCUUCUCGUUGUCGUUGUCGUUGUUCUUACCCUCUAUCGUAACCCCCAUCAUCCGCCAACACACAAUGAAGUGGACCGCAGCCCUCGUUCUCGCCGCAGCAGGCUACAUCACCUCCUCUGUCACGGCCUCACCGCUCCCCGUCCCGACCUACAUCCCGCCCAUUGCGCCCGUGUACGGCGCGGUCGAGGUCGACGAGGUGCCGCCAGCACCGGCGUUACUCUUCACCUCGGAGUUUCCAUCCGAGCUGACGGCGGGGUCGAAGCUCGAGCUCGCGUGGGAGGGCGGCGACGGGCGAGGUGUGGAGGUCUACUUCAUUCCCCGAUGGGCGAGGCAGCGGGAAUACGAGCAAGUGCCAAUCGCGCCCAACACUACCGCCUCGGCGCUCGUGUGGCAUGUCCCCAAGCUGGCUGACUACCCCGCCGGCACGAACAUGUACGUUUGUGUGGCUGAGGCGCAGCUGACGAGCAGCAUUAUCGGCGUCAAGGACGGCUCCGAAGGGCCCGGGAGCACCUGGUGGGACUUGUCGCCGCCCCUUGCGCUGGUUUAGGCCCAGGCGACGCGGCUGCACGCUACAUGGACAUUAGGACGGACACUAGACUAUGCUAGAUGGGAUCUAUCUCUUGGGCAUGCUUGGCGGCAAAGUCAUCGUCGCCGUGGCGCUUGGCGGCAUUGCCACUGUCGCCGGUGCCACGAGGGCCAUGCACCGCCGCACAGCCGCCGCUGUCGCCGCGGAAUGACGCGCCUCGGUCGCCAUGGGCCGCCAUGACGCGGCGUCGUCGGGGAAUGACGCGCGCCGUAGCUACCUGGUCGCCCACUCGUGUGCGUUUGGGAAGUAUAUUGCCCGCCAAGGAAGGCGACACGGCACGGCACGGCGCCGUUGGACCCGGCCGGGGCGACGCGACGGCGGUGCCGGGUGCCGCUUGACAGGUGCCAGGUGCCACGGUUACAGGAACGGCGCAGCCAGUCAGCGUGGGCGUGACCUUGGCACGAGCUAGAGCAUGUGUGCAGGGGAAGGGGAGCCUUGAGUUGCGUUUCAGUG